GCGACUAUAUAGCAGCUCAUUUGUACCCUAAUUUGUAGAAUAAAAUAAUAGUUCGUAGUUUAACUCCAUCCUGUAUACCAUGCGAGCUAGUUAACAUCUCGCCACUGCUGUCCCCAGAUGUCCAUCUCGGCCCUGCCGCUGUUGCUGCUGCUGCUGCUGGAGGUGGUGGUGGUGGUGGGAGCCCAGCAGGAGAGGACCAUCUGUGCGGGCAUCAACGGGAUCCCCGGGCAGCCCGGAGCCCCGGGGCAGCACGGGACCCCUGGGGCCCCUGGGAGGGACGGCAGAGACGGCACUACCGGAGCACCCGGAGCCAAGGGAGACGUCGGGGCUCGAGGCUUGACUGGGGACCCAGGUCUGCCGGGAAAGCUGGGCCCUCUUGGCCAACCGGGGCUCACGGGAUCUCCGGGAGUCCCAGGUGAGCAGGGCGAAAGAGGCGAGAAAGGCGAGCGGGGAGAGAGCGGCGUGGGGCCCAGGUCGGCCUUCUCCGCGAAGGUGGAUGCUUACAAGCCGGCGGCCGGCUCCCCUGUGACGUUCAACGUCAUCAUCACCAACCCACAGGGCCACUACAACCCUGGUACGGGGAAGUUCACCUGCGCCCACCCAGGCGUCUACUAUUUCACGCUGUACGCGCAUCCCAGUGAACAGCACCUCGUGGUUAUGAUCAUGAAAAACGGGGAGGUCAUUUCUAAGAUGUGUGGUAUAAACUACAACGCAAUAAGCGGCAGCGUCGUGUUGAGUCUCAAAGCCGGGGACGAGGUGUGGCUGGAGUUGGAGUCUCCGUACAUUAAUUUUUUUGUCAACGCGCACAGAGACGCCGUGUUCAGCGGCUAUAUCCUGUACCCCGAGUGAAUAUUUUUUGUUUCCAACGGAACACAUUCACUCACACGCACGCGCAUGCACCCCCUCCCCCCCCGUGUUAAAAAAGCUUUUGGGCAACAUCUCAGAAAAAUAUCCAGCAAAAAUGUGCAAAUUUACUUGGGUAGCCCAAAGCUGUGGUAAUGACUGCUAAUUUUCGGAUGUGACAUUUUCACACCAGAGGAAAAAUAGGCCCAGCACUUUUCCUCAGCCACCUCUCUCCAUGUCAGCCAGGGUGUCUGGGCGAAUAUGAAUCGAUUAGACAACGCAGAGAGACAUAGCAGCUUGCACCAACUGAAUAAGUCUUGAAACCUCAACAAUUUUCCCAUCCGGCAUCGGCAGUGAAGGGGGAAAUAUUUCAAUUCGAGCUGAUAGCUGUGAGGGUUGCUCAUUUCUAACAUGGGAGAGAGGAGUUCGGAUCCAUUUUCUCUCCCGUGCAAUUCCCUCAUUUUUUUUAUUGCACGGCAACAGAAAGAAGGACAAUAACUCAAUCUGGAAUUCUGAGAAUCUUAACAAGAUUCGGCACGGCCGAUGAAUCAGAUGCCUUUAAUGACCUCCUGUUACAGGUGCUAGCUAAAGUGACCCCUCGAGAUAUAGUCUUCUUGUUGGGUGGCUUUGAGUCUCGAGUGGGGCAUGAUGCUGGCACCUGGUCUGGAGUGAUUGGAAGGUAUCGGAUCAGAUCAAAAACAACGGUUGGAGGCUGCUAUAUUUUUGUGUGGCCCAUGGGCUUGUAAUUACCAACACGCUGUUCCAGCAUCGGUGCAUCCACACAACAAUGUGGAUGCAUGCCGGGUCCAAGCAAGAACAUCUUCUGGAAAAGUGGAUUUGCGCCCAUUUCCUUGACACCAGGCCAUACCGUGAGGCUGAUCUGCCCACUGACCAUCGGCUUAUCAUUUCUAAGAUGUGCAUGCCAUUCUUCCACUCCGGUAGUGGGUGUACAUCCAGGAACGUAUUCGAACAAAUAGCGGCCUGGUCUCAGCUAUCUAAUGAAAGUUGCAAGUGAGAAUUUCAUGAUCACUUGCAGCUGGGGUUUGCAUCUUCCACCAUUCCUGAUGCCGAGGGGAAA